AUGUCUUUGCAGGACCCCACUCUCGGCAGAGAGGGGAACACAGAGGAAGAGAUUAUGGCUGCUGUGGUUUUUUCUGUUGGACCUCUGAAUCCUGAAGUUUCCAAGCCAGAUGAAGACCUUCACCUUCAGGCUGAAGAACCAGAAUUGGAAAAGGAUUCUGUGACAUUUAAAGAUGUGGCUAUAGACUUCUCAUUAGAAGAGUGGAGGUUGAUGGACCUUUCCCAGAGGAACCUGCACAAGGACGUGAUGCUAGAGAAUUACAGGAAUCUUGUCUCCCUGGGGCUUGCAGUUUCCAAACCAGACAUGAUAUCUCACCUGGAGGAUGGCAAAGGACCGUGGGUGGUAGUGAGGGAAAUUGCAAGAACCCCCUAUCCAGAGCUGGAGACCAAACCUGCAGCCAAGAAUGUUGUAUCAGCAGAAAAUACUUCUGAAGAUGUAUCACAAGAGACCAUAAUAGAUAAACUCACAGAGAACAGUCUGUGGAACCCCAGAAUGGGAGGAUUAUGGAAAUGGAAUGAAAGGAUAUUGAGAUUGCAAAAUAGUCAAGAAAAUCAUUUGAGUCAAAGAAUAGUUACUCACAAGAAAAUUUCCACUGGUCAAAGAGGAUUUAGAUUUGGAUCUAUUCUUUUUCCAGAAGCGGGAGUUAUCACAGAAGGGCCCCACGGCAAAUGCCAAACACGUGAAAAUUUCACUGAGAAUUUAGAUUUGAUUACAGAUACCCAUCUAGGAAAGAAAAUCUGCAAGGAUACAGAAGGCAGCAAAGCUGUAAGGCCUACUUCAGAACUUACUUUAGGAAAAAAAAACAAUAAUAAAGAAAAACCCUAUCAAUGUAGUACCUGUGAAAAGUCCUUUCGUUACAGGUCAUUACUGAUUCAACAUCAGAGAACGCACACUAAAGAAAAACCUUAUGAAUGUAAUGAAUGUGGGAAAAUGUUCAGCCAGCCUUCAUAUCUCAGUCAACAUAAAAAAAUUCAUACUGGAGAAAAACCCUAUAAGUGUAACGAAUGUGGAAAGGCCUUCAUUGCUUCUUCAUCACUUAUGGUACAUCAGAGAAUUCAUACUAAGGAGAAACCUUAUCAGUGCAAUGUCUGUGGAAAAUCUUUUAGCCAGUGUGCUCGCCUUAAUCAACACCAGAGAAUUCAAACUGGAGAGAAGCCCUAUAAAUGUAGUGAAUGUGGGAAAGCUUUCAGUGAUAAAUCAAAACUCACAAGACAUCAGGAGACUCACAAUGGAGAGAAACCCUACAAAUGCAAUGAUUGUGGGAAAGCCUUUAGGAAUAAGUCCUAUCUUAGUGUACAUCAGAAGACCCAUACUGAAGAGAAACCAUAUAAAUGCAAUGAAUGUGGGAAAUCUUUCAAGAAUACCACAAUUUUUAAUGUUCAUCAGAGAAUUCAUACUGGAGAGAAACCCUUUAGAUGUAAUGAAUGUGGGAAAGCCUAUAGAAGUAAUUCAAGCCUUAUUGUACAUAUAAGAACUCAUACCGGGGAAAAACCUUAUGAAUGUAAUGAAUGUGGGAAAGCAUUCAAUCGUAUAGCAAAUUUCACAGAACAUCAAAGAAUUCAUACAGGAGAAAAACCCUAUAAAUGCAACGAAUGUGGAAAAGCAUUCAUUAAUUAUUCAUGCCUUACCGUACACCACAGAAUGCAUACAGGAGAGAAACCUUAUAAAUGUAAUGAAUGUGGAAAGGCCUUCAUGCGUUCUUCAUCCCUAAUUAUACAUCAGCGGAUUCAUACUGAAGAAAAACCUUACCUAUGUAACGAAUGUGGGGAGUCUUUCAGAAUAAAAUCACACUUAACUGUGCAUCAGAGGAUUCAUACUGGAGAGAAACCAUAUAAAUGUACUGACUGUGAGAGGGCAUUUACCAAAAUGGUAAAUCUCAAGGAGCAUCAGAAAAUCCAUACUGGAGUGAAACCUUAUAAAUGCUAUGAUUGUGAGAAAUCUUUCAGGACUAAGUCCUACCUUAUCGUACAUCAAAGGACCCAUACUGGGGAAAAACCAUAUAAAUGUAAUGAAUGUGAAAAGGCUUUCACUAACACAUCGCAACUUACCGUACAUCAAAGAAGGCAUACUGGAGAAAAACCCUAUAAAUGUAAUGAGUGUGGGAAGGUUUUCACAAGUAACUCAGGCUUUAAUACCCAUCAGAGAACACAUACUGGAGAGAAACCAUUUAAAUGUAAUGACUGUGGGAAAGCAUUUAGCCAGAUGGUACACGUCACAGAACAUCAGAAAAUCCAUAGUGGAGAGAAACCCUAUAAAUGUGAUGUCUGUGGAAAAGCCUUCAGGAGGGGUUCCUACCUUACAGUGCAUUGGAGAACACAUACUGGAGAAAAACCCUAUACGUGUAAGGAAUGUGGAAAAGGUUGUAUCACUCUAUCACAGCUAACUCUUCAUCAGAGAAUUCAUACUGGGGAAAGGCCCUACAAAUGUGAAGAAUGUGGAAAAGCCUUCAGAACCAACUCAGAUUUUACUGUACAUUUGAGGAUGCAUACUGGAGAAAAACCCUAUAAAUGUCAUGAAUGUGGAAAAGCCUUUAGGAGUAGCUCAAGCCUUACUGUACAUCAAAGAACCCAUCAGAGAGAAACUCAAUUAAUAUAA